AUGUCUGUCCCUUCAACCUUUGAUGCAGUGAAAUCACACCUCGCUCAAGUCCAGGAGAACCCCUCCACGGCUUUGGACAUUCCUCUCAUCGACAAGUUGAAGUUGCAACUAGUCGAAAACACCGACCCCAUAGUCCCUGCCACUCUUCUGUCGCAAAUCUCGGCGCUCCUUCCCAUCUUGCAAGAAGACCCUACGCCUAUUACAACUCUCGGCAUCCGAGCCACCGCCUACUUCACAUUCACCAAUCUCCAAUCUAUCGAUCCCCCGAUCAAUCUUGUCGCUGGCUUCAAGGCCCCAUCACCACCAAUCAACCUCCUAGCUCUUUCACUGUUAGCUAAAGCCGGGCAGAAAUACAGUGAAGCUGCUAUAGUUGCUGGUGAUUCGGAUUUGGUGGCUUCACUCGUGGAGCUAUGGCUUUCAACAUCUUCGGGCGAAGUCGCACAGGCUGCACUUGACACAUUAUGGGCGCUUUUGGAGGUUGACGUUGCGAAUCACCUGGAAACUGGGGAAUAUGAGCAUACUGGUAAUGCAAGUCAUGCAGGACAGGGACUAUUGUGGAGGAGGGUAUUCACUGAUAAGGAUGUCUACGGUCUAUUGUUCGGGCUAUGCAGCCUCCAGAGUGAUGCCCCUGGUGAUCUUUCUAAAGGCGAAAGAACGAUCGCACAGGGCAGGCUGAUGACACUCUUAGUGAAAGCCGGAAGAUUACGCUGGGACAUCAUCUCAACCACCCAAGUACCGGAAAUCGAGGCCAAAUACCAGAGCAGUAGUCUCCUUCAUUUUGCAACCUGUCAUAUGGUCCAAGUGAGCGAUGUCUUGAUGUAUAUGACACUGCUCAACUUCUUCCGCGAGCUGCUAGAGAUCGAUGGACCGGGCCUCGUCGCUCGAAGAUCUGUGCAGUCUACUUCGACUUUUUCGUCCCCUGCCCUCGACUUCCUUGUCGAACACCAACUGCAUUCUAAAGUGCUGAGUUAUUAUCUCGAUGAGUCCAAGCUAGACUCGGUGGAUCUUAUCUACCUAUCCGGCCCAAUCAUGGCAUAUGUGGCUCGAUAUGCCGAGAUGUAUCCCAACCACUUGUUGCAGAACCCCUCUACCCUACUUGACGCGAUUAUCUCCCGCAUCAAUAGAUCCCUCGCCAUUGCUAGUGCACAAUGGGCACACGGCGAAGUACCCACAGGUCACCUUGCUAUUUUAGCUUCACUGCCCCGAGUGCUUCUCGUAGAGGCAGGUAUAUAUGGUGCCAACCCGGUUCUUGCAAUUCCCACAAACCCUCCGAAUAGUGAAGCUCUGGGCGUUCUGGCGAAAAUUUUCCACGGACCUCAGCGAACUGGAAUCUCUGAUUCAAUGAACUUGAACACAUCCGGCUCAACUCCAACUGACUGGGACCGCGAAGCAGCCGCAGCGCGCAUCCUCUACUUCCUCUAUGUCAACCAACACCCCACUUUCUGGGACAAUGUCGUGGGUGCUGCCGACGUCCUAGUGAUGAAAGAUGUUGCUUUGUCGGCUAUUUCUUUCAUGGGGGCUAUUACAACAGCGAACUGGAAACUCUCACCUUCAGCACCCGCCAACACCGAUUCAUCGCGGUUCCAGCUGCCCUCCGAAAAGGAUCUAGAUCAGCUAUCCCCGGCUACUAAUGGGUUUUUCCCCACCUCUGGAGCAUGGGCAGUUCUCACUCCACCUGCCCUAACCACCCUUCUUCCAUAUCUUUUCAAGCCACCUCGCUCCUACGCUGAUUUCGUCGGGGGUGGUGCAGCUGAUUCCCAGAAUGUCGUUUGGAAAGUUGCCACUGCGAAACAUGAUGUUAUCGUAGCGCUGCACAACCGGUUGCAAGAAACAGAUGGCCAAGUGGAAGGGUUUGAGGAUAUCAUGCGAACCCUCCAACAGCGUGUGAACGAGGGUCCCCGGGGACCCGUACAAUUUGGCGGUGCUGAAGUAAUGGCUGCCGGGCUAUGA